AUGUUCCAAGGCCGGAGCCACUGCCAGGCCAGACUACGACCGGUUCAUCUCCCCGCUGGUCAGGGCAAAACCACUACCCGGCCUGGACUGCACCAGCUGCAAGGCCUUCUUAAAAUCGGAAAUUUGGCCCCGCAGAAAAUUUUAAGCCAAGUAGCUGUCAUUAAUCAAACACCUCUUUUCUCUCCUAAUUACCCUGCUGGAGCUCCAAGAGGACACAAGAGGGACAGACCCCGAGUUAGCACAAGGCCAGACUCAAGCUCGCGGAAUCACGAAGACGUGCAGAAACGGACGAGGCGCGGCGAGUAAGCCGGCAGCGGGUCGCCGAAGGACGACUUGGGAUCCUUAAAAAGGGCGGUCCGGUAACCGGUAUUACGCCCUGCCUUGGCCACUGCAGACCGUGACGUCGGAGAUGCUGCGUGGUAUGGGAGUCGCGUCGUGUUCGAGACGUUGUGCUGCUCGGGUUCUACGUCCCCAAAAAAGAAUU